UCUGGGAGCCUCCAGCUCGCCAUGGUGCUGCACUGGGCCCUGGAAGCCCUGUGCGUCCUGCCGCUGCUAAACUCCCAGAACCCAGCAUGCACCAAUGUCACGGCCAUGCCCAUCACCAGUGCCACCCUGGACUGGCUCACUCGCAGGUGGUUUUUCAUCGCUUCUGCCUUCCGGAAACCAGAGUACAAACAGGGGGCUCAAGAGAUGCAGGCAGAAUUCAUCUACUUUGACACUCGCCCCAGGGAGGACAAGUUGUGGGUCAGGGAGCACAUGACAAUCGGGGGCCGGUGCACUCAGAACUCCACCAUCCUGAGUGUCCAUAGGGAGAACGGAACCUUUUCCAAGACAGAGGGGAACAGGGAGAACUUCGGCCAUCUGCUGCUGCUGCGGGACCCCCGGAGCUUCAUGCUGGCCUUCUUCCUGGAGGACGAGCAUAACCGCGGGCCGUCCUUCUACGCUGACGCGCCAGAGGCCAGCAGCGAGCCGCUGGAGGAGUUCCGCGAGGCCAUCCGGUGCGUGGGCCUGCGCACGUCGGAGAUCCUGUGCGUGGACUGGAAAAAGAACAAGUGUCCGCUGUAGCAGCAACAGAAGACAAAGUGAAAGGAGGAGCCCUAGGAAGACCUGGGGGCUGUCUCACCCCCUCCCACCCUCUGUGCCUGUUUCAUCUCUGCAUCAAUAAAGGUCCAGUUGGCGACAGUCAGGUUGCCAGCUGUUCAUCCCCUCACUCACUCGUUCCUGUGUGGGGCCCAGGCUGGGUCUGGCUGGGACUGUGUGGGCAGGAACAGCCUUGCUGGGGACUGUGCCUCGGGAGGGGCUCUGAGCCGCCUAGAAGGGACGGGAGACAGCCUGCCACUCAUGCCACAGGCUGAACACCCGAGUGGACAUAUCUGGGGAAGCCGAGGCAGGAAUCUGAGUAGGAGAAGGGGUGGGGAGGACCCUCUCUUGGGCAGGCAGGUUGAGAGGCCCAGGCUGAAGGCAGGAAGGCCUGUGUGGAGGCUGCCCAGGCAUCCUGGAAGAGG